AUCAUAGCCAUAACUUAGUUGACACGGAAAACUGAUUUCGAUAUCGAACCACACGCAUUUAACCUGCUGAACUAGAAGCACCUUUAUUUUGUUGUUAGUCGACUCGUCCGUUCUUACCAAGCCAAUACCAGGCAGCGCGCAAAACCAUUGUAUAAGAUGGCUGACGAGUCACAUCCAUACUUGAACUACAAUAAGCAAGAUGAGGUGCCUACGCUCAUCGGGAACUGGGUGGAGGAGCGUCACCUAAAGGAGUUAACAGGAGUGGCUCGUAAUAUGGGUGCCACACAGAUCUUAAAAGAUACACUCUCGAACGAUUCCCCAAGUCGUUCAAAGGGCAAUACAUUACAAGCGACACACCCUCGUGUUGUGGAGCAUGUCCAGGCGCAAACGCACCCAGCCGACUGGCAAAGCACGCUUCAAUCGUCCUUCCGGCCGCCCUCGGAACUCAGAGUGGCAGGCAUGUACGCCAACGUGCCUAAGAUGGGGCCGCGGGAGCGCAUGGCCCAGGAGCAGAUGCUGCGGGAAGCCCAGGAGCUGCCGCCGGAGGUGGUGUCCACCAUCAGCGGAGCCCCGGUGCCCGUCACCUCGGAGAGCGUGUACGGAGCCGACUACAAGCCGCAUGACCUGACGGGAAUUGAGGUUGGCGCCACGGUGAUGCGCGACCCCGACGGCCGCCCCGCGCAGCGCGAUCCCACCUUUCUGGUGGAGAGCAAGAUGCUGCCCAAGCAGGUGGUUGACCGGAUCAUGGUAGACAAGGCACGACAGGCUGGCGCCGUGGAGACCACUGUGCUGCCCAACCCCGACGUGCCCAUCACCAUCUACACCGAGGCGGUGGCCAAACAGACCUACGGCGGCGUGUUCCCAGGAACCACCACACUCAACACCACCUCGCCCUUCGGCAAGAGCACCAACUUCACAAAACCCAUGUCGGAUUACAGCAAGGUGGUCAUCGAUGAGUAGAGCGAUAGGG